AGCUCGAACAAAGCCAGUUAGGACAUGAGAAAGCGGAUAGUGAAGUUUGAAUGCUUCGUUUUUGCCGUUUUGGGCGAUCAGUACAAUGUCCGUGCUGUGCACCGGACAAAGGUAUAAAGCAUCGUGAGAAUCACCAGGUAGAAUAGAUUUUCAUCAAGCAAACCAAGCAAGCAUCCAUUCCAGCAAAGCAUUUCAGCAACCAAUCAACCCAGUUCAAGUUCUUUCAAUCGAUCUAAAGACAACCCACUAUCAUCAAAAUGAAGUUCUCCACCACCGCCGCUCUUCUUGCUGCCACCAGCACCACCGUCCUGGCCGCCCCCAAGGCGCUGAUGCCCUUGCAGCUGAAUAACCUGCACAUCCGCCACAACAAGGGUGUCCACAAGGUGAUGGUCGAUUUCGACCUGAUCGAUUUGAACAAGGGCACAUCCGGCUUCAAGUGCGAGGUCCAGCUUAUGGAGGACCACCCCUACAACGAGCAGGUCAACAAGCCGUGUGCCGACGCCCUCUACGAGUUCGGCUUCCCCGGCGGCGGCGUCAAGAACCCCCGCGACCUCACCCUCGGCGCCAGGAAGGUCGGCGACGGCGCCUUCUACGGCCAGAUUGAGAUCAACGAGGGUGCCGAGUGGCAUUGCGUUGACGACAGCAACCCCGGUGGCAAGUUCACCGAGUGCAACCUCACUGGCUACCUCAAGAUCCCCGUGAACCUGGAAUAAGCGAUUGCUUGCUUUCGGCCUGCCAGUUCCUGAAUCUGGAACUGCGCUUACUCCUCAAUGUCAGCGAUGUGUUGAUGCCUCUCAUUAUCUGCUUACCAGAAGACCGUUAAGAUAGUUUGUUUUCGUUGCCAUUGGCUUUGAUUUGUUUGAUAUUUGUUUGUUUCUUGUUGCUCGCAUGUACCUAAU